AUGUACUUCUUCCUCCUCAACCUCGCACUCCUCGAUUUGGGCACUAUUACCACCACUAUCCCGAGAUCCAUGGCCAAUUCCCUCUGGGACACCAGGGCCAUUUCCUAUGCAGGUUGUGCUACCCAAGCCUUUCUGUUACUCUUUUUCAUCUCGGCAGAGUUUCAUAUUCUCACCAUCAUGGCUUAUGACCGCUACAUUGCCAUCUGCAAACCUCUGCACUACGGGACAAUAAUGGACAGCAGAACUUGUGUCAACAUGGCAGCAGCUGCCUGGGGCAGUACUUUUCUCAAUGCUGUGCUGCACACUGCCAAUACCUGUUCCGUCCCCCUCUGCCAAGGCAAUGUCCUGGACCAGUUCUUCUGUGAAAUUCCCCAGAUCCUCAAGCUCUCCUGCUCAGAUGCCUACCUCAGAGAGAUUAGGCUUCUUGUGGUUAGUGCCAUUUUAGCAUCUGUCUGUUUUGUUUUCCUUGUGGUGUCCUAUGUGCAGAUCUUCAGGGCUGUGCUGAGGAUUGCCUCAGAGCAGAGCCGGCACAAAGCCUUUUCCACGUGCCUCCCUCACCUGGCCGUGGUCUCCCUGUUUCUCAGCACUGCCUUUUUUGCCUACCUGAAGCCCCCCUCCACGUCCUCCUCCUCAUUGAAUCUUUUGCUGGCAGUUCUGUACUCAGUGGUG